AUGCCACCAUCAGCCAUCACCUCUUCGCCUCUCAAAUACAGGCAGCCAGUCACACGGCAACGCUCAGCUGAACCUUUCGCACCACCUGUACCUGCUAAGCCUAUAGACUUGAAUAGCUCGACGAGGUCAACAGAUAGAGAGACUGGACAAAAGAUAACUAGAAGGGCGUUUCUAUGUGAUAUAGUAGUGGAAAAUCAGGGAGAAGAGACUGGAAACUUGCUGUCUUACCUUGGUACCCCUCUCAAACCGCUAUCAAUACUUCCGUCACCUCCCUCUACCACCAAUGGCAGACCUACUACACCAUCCCGAUUGUCGGUGCCACCAGAUUCAGACGACGAUGAGACUAUGGGAAAGAGUCCCGGCUGGUCCGGACAUAGAAGUGAGGAGAUGUCGAACAGGUUGAACAAUCUCAUAGAAGAGCUGGUCAGGACUGAACGAAGUUAUUUGUCUCGUAUACAUGCACUGAAAACGCUUAUUCCUCCUUACGAAGCGAAAGCUAUGUUCGCAAAUAUAGAAGCUAUCGUACCAGCUUCAGCUGCUUUUCUGACGGACCUCGAUGCAAUGAUGCAGAGUGGGCGAGCGGAAGAUACGGUCGGAGAUGUUUGCUUGAAACAUUUCAAAAACCUACGGACGUUCGACCCAUAUCGUACCUAUCUCAGUAAACAAGAUGAGUCACAGAAACUAUUUCAAGACUCGUUGAAAAAGUUCCACGGAUUUGCCAGUUUCAUCGAGAGCACCAAGUAUCAAACAACUGGUAUAGGAAAUAUCGGUCUUCGAGAGCUGCUCAUGGAACCUAGUUUCGCUGAUUACGUAGCUAUGAUCAAAUGCAUGUCCCCUAUCUCCUCCCAACACGCCAAACUACUGGAAGCUAUUGAGAUCGCUUCAGGAAUAGCUAGGUGCGAUCCUGACCCUCAGACCGUGCGGGCCACCGUGAUGUAUCAUCUGGAGAGGAAUAUCGACAAUUUCCCUGCGAAACUGUUCAGUAACAGCCGAGACUAUAUCGACGCUAUCGACGUUGAAGAUCUGCCUGCAGAAUAUCCCACCUCACCUCCUGCUAUUCACGCCGCUGCUACACCGCUCAACUGUACCUUGUUCCUCUUUGACGACAAGCUCAUGAUAGUCAAGCGACAAUCGGGCUCAAUUAGCGGACGAAAGGUCACCGGAACUGAUGAUAUACCCAGACUUGUCAGAGGUGCUGCGAUCAUGGACAAGAACCCUAUCAAGAAAGAUAAACUCGGCUUCCGAGGAGAGGUAGAUAUUCUCGAUGUCAUUGCGUCGGAUACUGGAAAUGGAGCUCUUGAUCCUGUAGCUACCCGUCGAGAUAAAUUACGUUUCAUCCAGAAUCUCUGGGCAGCACAAGCACUAGCUCGAACCAAAUUAUCUUCGAAAGAAGGUAAGAAUCUCGCUAGAGCACUCAUGAGCGAACACGAGUUAUCGUUAGAAGGGGCAGGCGAGCCCAUGGGGAGAGCUAAGUGUUAUUGGGAUGUGUGGGAAAAAAGUGCAUGGCUUGCUCACCGAAAGGCGAAAGUUGCUGUACAUAUUGACGAAGAAGGAUUGGCAGAGAAUCUACCUGUAGGCGAAGAUGCACCUUUGCUAACCGGUUCUACCUCUUGCCCUACAACUCCCUCCGCUGCCUCUCACCGAUUGCGACCUUCAAUGCUCAAUCUCGAUGCUAUUUCUCGUAACCUCUUUGGCGUCGGAAGUGUCUCUGGAAGAAGCGAUGUGUUCAGCACCAAAGCUUCGAGAUCGACUGGAAGUAGAUCAUCCACCAUGGAUCUGUCCACGGAUAAUUCUCGAAAACGACUGUCUUAUCGAUCUAGCUCUCCCAGCGAUGGACUGUUCAAAUCCUCUAACCAUCUCAUCGCUGGUGCUCCGUACGAAGCAGAGUUGGGACAGAGUGAGCUGGACCUAAAUGCUCGCCUCGAUAUGGCGAGGAACAACAGUCGCUCCGUCGUAUCCACACCGAAUAAACUUGGAUCUAAAAGUGUGGCUGAAAUACGUCAGAACGUUGAGCAGCAAACUUUGGAGGAAGCGGAAGCGUCAUUGCGAGCUACCUCACCGUUGCGUAUUCGUAAGACACCAUCACCUGUUCGAGCGCUUAGUCCGACCAUGGACGCUACUCCUCGAGCUACGGUAUCGCCAAUUCCUUCUCAUAUACUCCCAACCUUGGCGCAAUCGAUUGCAAACGAUGAUCCCAUCUUUUCCUCACCUCGACAGAUACCGAGUCCUGCUCUGCCCUCCGCCCCGCUAUCACCUCGCCCCAUUGGUCCGCGGAGCCCGGUGCAAGGCUCUUCAUCCAACUUACCGUCUCGAUUGCCUGUACUUGUACAAGGAACGACCAUCGGGUCUGCGCAUACAAGGCUGCGUAUAGUCUCCGGAGGUGGUCGACGGAUAUCGGUAGGAAGGGAAAUGGUUCCGCUCAAAGGUUGCGAAGAGAGUGAAUCCACCGAAGCGCAGUCCACACCUACAACACUUCCUGCAGCAAAGAGACAACACUCUGCUGACAACCUCACGCCUAGAAAACGAUCUCCUACCCGAAGUCCUUUGCACAGCAGAGAUGUAUCCGAUUCGUCGAAAGUGUCGAUAUCAAAUAAGCCAGGUAGUCGGAGAUCAUCCGGCAGAUACAGCGCGCGAAGAUCGUCUGGACCUCUGACCACACCUAGGACGGUGUCAGCGUCACAGAAUUCAGUCACUUCGAUAGCUACCAACGCAACAGUGGAGGAUAUUGAGAUGAAGGAAUAUCAGGAUCUCGAAACCGCUCUUGAAGGAGCGUCGAAAAAGAUGACCAAAGAUACCAAAGGUAAAGACUUGGUACAAAGGUUAGAGAGAAAUACGUCUCUGCCUCGAUCGCCUCAGCGAAGGAAUAUGAACCGUAUUGUCGAUCAUGAUCCUUACGAUUCAGUAUCUUCCCGUCAUUCCUCAUCGGGUAGACAGGAGAUUGAUGCGAUCGUAAUGGAUGAGUGUGCCAGAGGUAUCACUUCGAUCGUUGAAAGGGUUGAUGGUCAUUUGCGGCAAGCUGAAAUGGGCAAUAACCAAGCGAUGAAUUUGGCAAAGCGGUUAUUACUGGAAAAUGAUCAACAAUCUCAACAGAUCAGAUCGCUACACGGUCAGGUCAUACGUUAUAAAGAACAUCAGGAUUUGCUUCAACGUCAACUUGGAGACGCGCAGAUCGAGCUAGACGUAAUAUAUGAGGCCUUCAAUACCGAACUUGAUGGAAUGUUCAAUGACGCUCAAUUACCCGAAACCGAGGCCUUCACAGCUUUGCAGAAUGAUCUUCGAGCGACCAAAGCGAGUCGAAAUGAACUUGAUUUGGAGAAUCAAAAGUUGAAACGUGAACUUGAGGAAGCCAAUUUACAGAAAGAGCAAUGGGCAAGGAUGCUUCGGGCUCAAGGAUAUAAUGUAUAA